UUCCGCCAGCACCUGAAAGCGGCAGCGGGCUCGGAGCGGUCACGUGACAGGGUUCUCAGAGCCAACAUGGCGUCGCGGUGGAGGCGGCUGCUGUGUUUCCGCUCCGGGCUGUGGGCGCUGCUGUUUUACUGCGUUUACACGCAGCUGAGGGGAGCCGAGGCCGAGGAGGCGGACUGGUGCGAGAACCUGCGGCUCGGACAGUAUCUGUGCAACGACCCGAAGAUCGACGAGGCCACGCAGGAGCCGGAGAACUGCAAGGACAUGGUGGCGUGGGUGGAGUGCCUCCCAGCUCCCAACAUCAGCUGUCGGCUCUCCAACGGGACGGAGGUCAGGUUCAGCGGGGAGGAGGUGGGCUUCAACAAAACCAUCGCCUGCAGGAAUGUGAGCGGUUACUCCUACAAAGUGGCUGUGGCCUUGUCCCUGUUCCUCGGCUGGCUCGGAGCCGACCGCUUCUACCUGGGAUAUCCUGCUCUCGGUCUGCUGAAGUUCUGCACCGUUGGCUUUUGUGGAAUCGGCAGUUUGGUCGACUUCAUGCUGAUCGCCAUGCAGAUCGUGGGUCCGUCUGACGGGUCCAACUACAUCGUGGAUUAUUACGGCGCCCGGCUGACCCGGCUGUCCAUCACCAACCAGACCUACAGGAGAACCCAGAUCUCUGUGUGAAGGUCUCGAGGAGCCGCCGUGUUGCUUCUGUUCUGUUCAGUGACGCCGUACAAAAAAAAGAUCAAUCGAUCGAUAACCAAUACAGUGCUAAUCAUCAUUCUGUAUUGAUUUCCAUGACAUCGUUGAGCACAGUUCACAUCGACCGUCUGAAACCCACCACCCCAUGAGCAGGCUUUUAUUUUGACAGGUCUUAUUGAACUCGUUCUCCUUUGGCCUUUUUGUGGACGCUGCAGAUUCUUGUCUUAGAAAAAAGCUACUUAUAAAGUUAAAAUACCACUUUGAUCAGACUUCUUCCUUCUUUUGUCCUCUAAGCAAAAAAAAACAUUUUGCCAAUUUUUUUUUUUUUUUUUUUUGUCUGUUUCUUUUUGUUUUGUUUUUUCUUUUAUUAGAUUUAGGGUUUGUUGUCUUUUUUCAUAAAUAUACAUUUUCAGACAGGAUUCUACACUGACCAACUGAAAAAAAAAAAUUACUGGCCAAAAUAGCAAAUUCUUUUAUAUUUUUUUAAAGAAAUAUUUCUUCUUUCUUUGUUUUCUUUUUAUUGUUGAGUGUAAGGAUUCUUUUUCUUUUUUUUUUAUGAAUAUACAUUUUCAGACAAGAUUCUACAUUUACCAAUGGAGGAAAAUGCAUUUUCAGUGGACACAGUAGCAAUUUAUUUUAUGUUUUUGAAAGAAAUAAAGGAAAUUUUGUUCAGAGGGUUAAAUAAAACAUUUCAAAAUAAAUGCCCACCCAUUAGCUUGUGGGUGUCAGAGGGUUGAAGCUGCACGCUGAGGGAUGACACUACAGACAGGAGCCUGGAUAUCAGAGGGGGGGGGUUAUUGUCAUGUUAUUGUUGUAGCUUUGAAUGAAUGAUGAUCCAGGGGGCGCCGCUGAGGCUAAACUGAGUCAAGUGAACAUCGGUCACUGGGACUUUCCCAGUAAAUCAGGACGAUAUUGACAGGAACAGUCCAGUUACUGAUCAAUAUCUGGAUCAAAUGGACUGAUCAGUUUAGAGCAUUGAGCCCCACUGACCCACACAGAUUCUGCUGUUUAGCUCAGUGCUGCCCCCGCUGGACACAACACUGACCUGCACUGUUUCUGUCUGAGCAGACAGUGGAUGGAAGGAAAGAAACUGGCUGUAGUCUCUCUCUCUCUCUCUCUCUCUCUCUCUCUCUCUCUCUCUCUCUCUCUCUCUUUCUUUCUUUCUUUCUUUCUUUCUUUCUUUCUUUCUCUCUCUCUCUCUCUCUCUUUGUUUACUGUGUUGUUUUUUUAUUUAUUUGACAUUAUUAUAUUCACUGUUGCGCUGUUAUGUCUCUGCAUGUAAAUGAGUUGUAAAUAAAGUGUCCUUUUUCUUAAAUCCA